CGUAGAAAACACACGGUUUCAGUUUUAUAUACAUCAAUGAGAUACCUGAUGCAAAACAGUUCGUAUUAGCGGUCUUUUGACUUACCACACCAUCUGAACUUUUCUCCUAGGAUUUUUCUGCUGUCACUCCAUUCUUAGCAAAUCAACAACAGGGUCAAGAACGGAGCUUUUUCUUGAUUUGUCUGCCAUGAGCAUGGUGGCCCUAAGACUGCUUAUUGUCGGAGUUACUGUAAUAUUUUUAGGUACAACACUAUGCAGAGGUUGCACGCAGAAUUUAGCCAAAGGCAAACCCGCAUACCAAAGUUCCAACUACCAAGAUGUAUACGGAAAUUUGUUCCAUGCCAGUCGUGCUGUGGAUGGCAACUAUGACGACUACGUGUUUCGUGGGAGUUGUUCCCACACCAAAGGUGGUCAUGGAGAAUGGUGGCUGGUGGAUUUAGAAACCACGGCGAGGGUGGUCGGUGUUAUCAUAACAAACCGUCGCGACUGCUGCCCUGACCGUCUGAAUAAUUUCGAAGUGAGAGUUGGAACCUCUUACGAUAAUAGUUCAUCAUUCACCCAGUACAAACUUUGCGCCAGUUAUCCGGAGGUAGCACCUGUGGGGAACACGUCUCUGUCCUGUGAAUCACCGCUGACAGGACGAUAUGUCUUGAUCAUUAAAGUUGGUAGUGACGACCAAGCAUUGCAGCUUUGUGAAGUGGAGGUCCAUGGUAAUACAAGUUAAAACACGUUCCAGCAGGUAGCAGCAGAUGCUCGUGCAACCCUUGGUCCCCUGUUCACGCUGAAUGUCCGCAGCCUCACUGAAUGCAGUAUCUCCUGUGCGGACCGCUUUAAGUGUGUGGCCAUAAACAUUUUCUGUGCUGGAAAUAACCAAUGUGUAUGUGAACUUCUGUCCAGCACUGCCCAAUCCAGAGACUUUUAGGCAGGCACUGGAUACGAAUAUUAUGAAGACAACUGCCUGGGUACAGUGUAAGCCGAGACUGUCUAAUUGUUGUGAAUAAAUCACUUACAGAAUACUCUAGGGAAGCAUUCAUGAGUUCGUUACAUAAACACGUACUCCAGGGCCGUAGCCUGA